GAGGGCUGUUUUUCUGUUGCGUUACUGUUGACUAGUGUUCGUUGUGAGUUCAUAGUAAAGGACAAGCAAGCCGUAACUCAGUAUACAACGCCUAGGUUUUAGUGCAACAUUCAAAUGUUGAGUAUAUAUGAAGCUCUGGGAAAACCACUUCGUUGCACUGAAAACGUCUUAAAUGGUUAGUAGCAUCGCCUGAAUCUUUACUCUAAACUGUCUAUUCACGGAGGCUGUUUUUUGAUUUGUCAGCAGCUGGAUAAACGGUAAGACUAUAAUUUAUGGGCAGCUUUUGAGCGAUGCCAGUCUGACCUUCAGGGUGUCCACCUAAUAAUCAGAACCAAAUGAGGGUUAUAAACCCGUGUAAGGAGUUAAAAUUAAGAUUUACAGUUGACGAUUAAGGUUAGAAAUUAAAAUCAGGGAUUUCAUCAUGGACUGACAUGAGCUAUAAUGCCAAAUUUAUUUGUCCUGAUGAAUGGGUAAAUUUCGCGCCAAAAUGCGAGAUUUGUUGUCAUACACGUAAUUGUUUCGUAUCCAAAUUAUAGUGCCGUCGUAAUCCCAUUCUCUUCGUUCUGGGAAAUUUUGGGGUCUUUGUGCCACUUCCUCAGGGUCUUCGGUGCGGCUCCCUUAAAAAGGACAAAAUUUUCUCAAAAAUAGUGGGAUUAAUGUGUGUUACGGUGACAAGUUUAAAUAGUUUGCAUGACCUAGUGGAGUUUUAAGGGUUGCAGAGUUGUAUGUAAAAGUUCAUGUAAUGCCAUUCGAAGUUAUUUUUCAGCAUGUGGUAUUGUGUUUCUGAUAUUUCAUUUGUUUUUUAUUUUGCGUCAUAUCUCCGCUUGAUAGAAGUCAGUUUUUACAUUGAGUAGAGGGAGUUCGCUAGUCAAGAACUACCAACCUAUUAUUAAAAUCCACCUAAACCUAGUAGGAUUGUGUUUCAGGCUCUUCGAAAUGGUAAGAGAAUUUAUUUCACGUCUCAUGGACCACGUCCAUAAUCACGUUUGUUUUAGAGCAUAAAUUUGCCUCCUUACAUAACAUCUUACAUACAUCAUGCAUAUAUUUUUUUAUCAAGGCCAUCAUCGCUGUAGGUAGGAUUGUCAAUUUAUCCGAAUAGCCAAAGAAUAUUUUCUGUACGGUAAACUAAAGAUAGUUUAAAUAUUUCUGUAGAAUUACUUUACCACAGUGCAUGUUUACAAUAAAUAAAGCUUGCAAUUUUUGUUAUAAGUUUGUGCCCAAACAGCUUGAUGUGAUAUUUCCUUAUAACAAGUAGCGUUGAGCCUUUCCUUGAGAAAUUAUAAUUUCCAAGUUCACAUUAAAUUUACUGUAUGCAUCAAAAGGACCCUAUUAUCUGGAGGCUAAUCAGAUCUCAGUACCAAUAUUCACUAAACAUCAGAAAGUUUAAUUUAUCAGUUCAUUCAAAUGUUUUGCAUAAGAGUUAGUGGAUUAUAUACCAAUGUUAUCCGCUGAAUGCUGUAUUAAUUUAAUCGGCCAAGCAUUUUUUCAACUUUAUUGACCACACUUAAAUCAAUAACUUAAUGUCACAGUUAUUUAAAAAAGUAAUUAUGAACAGUAAUUCACUCAUUGUCAUCGCUUAUAGCUUUAUUUUUUUCUUCAUAUCCUAUCGUUUAUAGGGCAGUUUGUUUGUCAAAUGUUUUAAAUAAUUAGCGUGAAUUUCUGUGAAUUCCUCGGAUAACAGCCAAUUUACAUUUUGAUAAAAUGAUGUUCUACCAGAAAAUUGGUGGUGAAAGUUAUUUCAUUGAUAGUGUUACACACAACAGCUUUAUGUUAUUCAUCAUCUUACGUGAAUACAUCUGUUCAUUAAUGAUGUCAGAUAACUCUGAGGAUCAAAUACAGUGUAGUAAUUCAAAAGAUACAAUCACUUUGUAUAUGUUAAUGUAUGAAAUGUUAAAGGUUAGUUGAUUGUUAUUUUAAUAGGCUUUUUUUUGAGGAAAAUAUUGGUAAUCCAUUUGACAUGUUGAAAUGCAAUUCGCAAGAUGUACGUAUUCCUGCGUAUUUAAAACCAUUGAUUCGAGGCCGAAUUGAAAGACUACGCAAUUACUACGAGGCUGUUGCGUACACAAAUUUGUCGACAUUUAAAAAUCUAAUCUUUGCAAAGUCAUCGAAUGUUGACAAUGAAAUUGAUGACGAUGACGAUGAAGAUAGUGGUGAUGGCGGGGGUGAUAUUAAUCAAAAUAGUAAUAGAAGAAGAUUUCUUUUAACUAAAGACAGCGUUUUUGGUUUAUUUAUAAGAAAAUUUUCACUUGGUAUUUAUUCUCAAAGUUUUGAAAAAAUAAUACAAUUCUUUGAUUCAUUCUUUGAUGCCUAUGAUCAUGAAUUAUGUUCUAUAUCAAAUCUUGAUACUGACGAUUUAAUUGUACAAAAAUUUGCUCAUUCAUUCACAAGAGAUCAAUAUUUAAUAUCAACUCGUAAUCAAGCUUUAGAUGUCUGUUCAGAAAUUAUUGAUUCUAUUGGAAAAAUUGGUGGACGUCCUAAUCUUAAUCUACAAAAAUACAAUGAACUUUUAUUGUUAGCUAAAAAAAUGUAUCCUGAAGUAUCAUAUACCCAUUAUGCCUCACACGUAUAUGCUUUGCAUAAACGAAAUCUUACCAUGGCUGAAAAUGAAUUACAUGCAUACUUUGAAACAUGUAUGGCAUCGGUACAAAGUCCAGAAAUAUCAUUAACAACAUCAACAUUUUCUGGAGCCGGUACAGUAUCGACAACUACAACAGCAACAACAACAACAGCAGGACAAGGAACGAUUACAUCAUCAGUGUUAACUCCACCUAUUAAUUCUAGUAAUACUUGUGCACAUAUGGCAGUGACUGGUGCUGCAAUGCAUUUAAAUUUCGGUCAUUGGUAUAAAGGAAAAUGUUUGAUUAAGGAAGCACUUCAAAAAUCGCUAGAAAGUGAAUCGAAAGAUUCCCUUGGUCAUGUUAAAGUCACACAUACUUUAUUAAAUUCAAGUACUGAUCCAUUUCGUUAUGAUAAUGAAGUACCUAUGAAACAAUCAUUUAAAUUAAAUGAUGUUACAUUAACGGAAUUUCGUACAAAAUUUUGGAAUGCAUUAGAUACAGGAUCAGAACCAUAUAAACUAUUAACUGUUUACUUCAAUUCAGUGAAUACAAUAUCUCAUGCAUAUUUUACUGUUUGUCAAUUGGAUUUAGCUACAAUGUGGCAAUUUUAUGGUUAUCCAAAUAUGGCCACUGUAUUGAUGCAGUGUAUAAUUAAUGCAGAUUGUUUAGAACCAUGUCGUUAUUCUGAUACUGUAUUAGCUAAUGCUUUUGCAAACAUUAUAAAAGAGUUUAAUUCUAUGGGAUCAAUUGAGACAGCAUUAAAAUUAUCUAAAAUAUGUCGAUCUAUAUUGUGUCGUUUUCCAAAUCAAUCACCUUUAUUACAAGCUAGUAUGGAAGUUGAACUAGAACAACAUCUACGAUCUGGUUAUGAUUUAGCUCAAUGCGAUCGUUUAGUUAAUUCACUAAAACUUUAUUGUCCAUGGGAAGCUGCUAUAAGGCAAGCUGAAGUUGAACAAAAACGUGGCAAUGUAUCUUAUACACAUGAUAUUCUACGCUAUAUUAUUGAUAGUGUAAUAGCAAGACGUGAUCAUGACUGUGGAGUAUUACAACAAUCAGCGAAUAUGAAUAAUAAUAAUAAUAAUAAGUUAUUAUAUUCCAAUGAAUUAUGGAAUCAAACAAAACCAUUUUCCCAUUUAAUAUUGCCUACAUUUCCUGAACAUACUCCUGUUGGUGGAUUAUGUAAAUUAGCAUUGAUUGAACUACGUGCACAUUUAGCUUUAAUUGAAUUGUUGAUUACAUUAAAACUUUAUGUAUAUGCUUUCAAUGAGAUUGAUAUCACAAUCAAGUUAUGUAAACAUUAUCAAUUAAAUUUAGGUAUAGAAAUAAUUAAAUUAUUACAAUGUGCUAUACAUUUAUCCAUACAUAAUAAUAUAAUGAUUAAUACUAAUACUUAUACUAAUACUAAUGAUAUCCAUGACAACAAUACUAUAAUUGAUCAUAAUGUUAAUACAACUACUAUAUGGAUAUAUGAAUUGAAACAAAUCAAUUCUAAUGUUAUAAUUGAAUUAAAUAAUAGUUUACAAGAACUAUUACAUCGUACAGAUCAAUUAACAAAAUAUCGUUGUCAAGUAUUUUUAAGUCGUACACGACUUUUAAUUAAUAUUAAUGAGAAUAAUCAUUUAUUUAUUCAAAUGCAUAUAGCAGAACUUUUAAAAGCACUUAACUAUUAUCGACAAUUAGAUGAUAGAAAACGUAUACUUGAUAUUCUAGUAUUAAUGGCAACAGCAUUAAACUCAGUCAAUGAAUAUGUGAAACGAAAUGAAGUAUCUAAAUCAUUUCACAUAUUACGUGAACUAUUCGGUUUUAAAAGUUUACCUUCAAAUCGUUUCGUGGUUGAUAUUUUAUAAAUAAGAUGUAUUUUUAUAAUAAAUGUUAUUUAUAUAC